ACAUUCUUAUUAAAAUAAAAAAUAGAGAACCAAAACGGGCUGCAAACGGAUCCUUUUCCAGGUGGGAAAAUAUACCAAAACAGAAAAGAAUAUAUCAAGAAUCUGAUUUUGAUGAAGCAAGGGUUGCAUAUAUGAAUAGAGACCCUUUUUGCAUAUAAAAACUCGUAGAAGCUUCAAAAUUAGCGGCAUGCUCUGUUUGACAGUUAUUUAACCAUAUCUCUUGGCGCCAAUUCCAGAACUCCAUUUCAAAUAUUCCAACGCUUAACAAACUUAACAAGAUACAUGACCCAACUCUUACAAGAGACCAAACUCAGCAUCAAAGCAUGGAAGCAUUGCAUGUCCUUAGUCCAACAAUGUGCAAACAUGCGACAACUCAAAGCCAUUCACGCAACUUUUAUUGUCAAUGGCAUUCACACAAACACCUAUGCAAUAAGUAAACUGAUUGAUUUUUGUGCUCUAUCUCCACAUGGUAAUCUCUCUUAUGCGUCCCUUUUAUUUAGCCAAAUUGAAAUUCCCAAUUCAUUUAUUUUCAACACUCUUAUUAGAGCUUAUACUCGUAGUUCAAAUCCUCAUUUAGCUCUACAUUACUUUGAUUUCAUGUUAAAAUAUGGUAAUAUAAAGCCCCAAAACCAUACUUUUCACUUUGUUCUGUUUGCGUGCGCAAAUGCAAGUUGGCCUUUUCUGGGUAAGCAAAUACAUUGUUGGGUAUGUAAAAAUGGAAUGAUUAUAUCAGAUGGGCAUAUUCAAACUGCUGUUGUUAGAUUGUAUGCGAAGUGUAAAAUAAUGAGUGAUGCACAUAAGAUGUUUGAUGAAAUUCACCGACCAGAUGUUAUUCAAUGGAAUGUGCUUAUGAAUGGGUACAUUGAGUCCAAUUUGGAGAGUGAGGCUUUGAGGGUGUUCAGAUUUAUGUUUGUCAAGGGGGUUGAGCCUGAUGAAUUUUGUGUGACUACUGCGUUGGCGGCUUGUGCUAAAUCUGGGGCUCUAUGGCAAGGGAAGUGGAUUCAUGAAUAUGUUAAGAAGACCACAUUGGGAUUCGAUGUUUUUAUUGGGACAGCACUAGUUGAUAUGUAUGCAAAAUGUGGAUGGAUAAAUAUGGCAGUGCAAGUCUUCGAGGAGAUGCCUAAAAGGAGCGCAUUCUCAUGGGCAGCCAUGAUUGGGGGAUAUGCAAUACAUGGGUAUGCGAGGGAAGCAAUUCACUACUUGGAGAGGAUGCACGCGGAAGAUGGGCUUAGGCCUGACGGGGUUGUCCUCCUCGGGGUUCUAACGGCUUGUACACAUGCUGGUUUGCAAGAGGAAGGGCGGUUUCUUUUGGACAACAUGAAAGCAAGAUAUGGAAUAGUGCCUAGACAUGAGCAUUACAGUUGUGUAGUGGAUUUGUUAUGCAGGGCAGGUCGAUGGGAUGAAGCACUUGCACUUAUAAAGAGAAUGCCCAUGAAGCCACUUGCUUCAGUUUGGGGUGCUGUGUUAAGUAGUUGUCGAACACAUAAGAAUGCUGAGCUUGCAGAAUUUGCUGUUCAGGAGCUUCUACAACUAGAAAAUGGUAAUGGCAAUGAAGAGGAUGCAGCUUUUGUUCAGUUGUGGAAUAUUUAUUUGAGUACUGGAAGAGGUGAGGAUGCAUCUAAGAUACAUAGGCUGAUUGGCGAAAGAGGGUUGAAGAAAACACCUGGCUGUAGUAUGAUAGAAGUUAAUGGGAUGGUAAAUGAGUUUGUUUCUGGAGAUGUGUCAAAUAAAGAUGUAGCUCAAAUGCACGCAAUACUGGAACUGUUAUUGCCGGACUUGAUUACACCAUCUUUUGUAGAGGAAAAAGUUUACAAUAAUAUGGAGGUUUCUUAAAGGUAGUACUAUAAUAAGCGUUUAAGUUACUUUGAUCUGAGAUUCCAUUUGAAAUUAUAAUUGUUUGAGAAGUUUGUUUUAGGGCUGUA